UAGAGAGCUUCUCUUCGCGGCGGAGAAAGAUCAGGACGGUGAGAAGCUGCUCGUACACGGAAGAAAGGACGCCGGAGUAGUCAAAAUACAUUGUGCAGGAAGAUGGCGGACAAGGCGGUGACCAUCAGGACAAGGAAGUUCAUGACCAAUCGUCUUCUCGCAAGGAAGCAAUUCGUGAUCGAUGUUCUGCAUCCUGGAAGGGCUAAUGUUUCCAAGGCGGAAUUGAAAGAGAAAUUGGCAAGGAUGUAUGAGGUGAAGGAUCCCAACGCCAUCUUUGUGUUCAAGUUCAGGACUCACUUUGGAGGAGGUAAAUCGACUGGGUUUGGUUUGAUCUAUGACUCUGUUGAGAAUGCAAAGAAGUUUGAACCGAAGUAUAGACUUAUCAGAAAUGGGUUGGAUACAAAGGUUGAGAAGUCUAGAAAACAGAUGAAGGAGCGGAAGAACAGAGCUAAGAAAAUCCGUGGAGUUAAGAAGACAAAGGCCGGAGAUGCUGCCAAGGGUGGAAAGAAGAAGUAAAUUUGUAGCAGUUGUAGGUCUUACCCGAUCAUGGAAAUGGAACGCCAGAAAUUGCUCUACCAACCAGUCUCACCACACCAUUUUCUUCCCUUUUUAUGGACCUUUUUCCUGUUAUAUUCCAGUUUUGCUUUAAAGAUGAGAGUGUAUUUCAAAUGGUUUAACUCUUUGGUUCAUGACCAUUAUCUUUUCCCUGCCUAUUAUUAAGUUAGAAUCUUGGAUAUGAUUAAUCAGAAAUGUUGAAGUUGUUAAGAAACUGCUUUACUUUUGGGUGAAAUUUUAAUCUCCAUUGCCUCUCUUGUUGAA